GCGAUCUCCGGCAGAUUGCUGUCUUUUUCCUUCUUUUCCGUCAAUCGUAGGCUUCGAUAGUGAAACACAUUUCGUGUCGCUUAGCAAAUAAAUUGCCACAAUGUCCGACGUCGAAGUUGAAGCCCCGAGUGCGCCCGUCGAUGGCUCGAUGGAUGUCAACACCGCCCUCCAGGAGGUGCUGAAGAAGUCGCUGAUCGCCGACGGACUGGUGCACGGUAUUCACGAAGCGUGCAAGGCGCUCGACAAACGCCAGGCCGUGCUGUGCAUUCUGGCCGAGAGUUGCGACGAGCCGCAGUACAAGAAGCUGAUCACGGCCCUGUGCAACGAGCACCAGAUUCCACUGAUCCGUGUCGAUUCCAACAAGAAGCUCGGCGAAUGGUCCGGCCUGUGCAAGAUUGACAAGGAAGGCAAGCCCCGAAAGAUUUGCGGCGCCUCCUGCGUCGUGCUGAAGGAUUUCGGAGAGGAGACUCCAGCCCUCGAUGUCAUCAAGGAGCACCUUCGGCAGACAGCCUAAACCACAGUUGCCGUACAUUAUGAGUUAUUUUGUGAACGUGUAAGAAGAUCACACAUAAACCGAGGUGUAUCCUGCUGAAAGAUUACACAAAACCACUA